AUGUCUACAGCAGCUCACAUUCUCAACUACUUAAACCCCAUCGAACUUUGCCUUUCUCCGAAAGCAUGGGUAUUCCUGGUACCGGCCCUUUUUCUUGCCUAUCACUCCGCGCGGGAGCGUCUAUUUUUGAGAAGGCGUGGCGGCCUUCCCUUACCUCCAGGGCCUCCAGGUCUACUGAUGUUGGGUAGCAUUCUAAGCAUUAACUUCUCUCAGCCAUACCUAACCUUUUCGGAGUGGAAAGCACGCUACGGGGACAUCGUCUACUGCUCUCUGGUAGGUACACCAGCUGUCAUUAUUAACUCAGAACGCGUUGCGCGAGAAUUGAUCGAGAAACGGUCCCAAAUAUAUUCCGACCGCCCCCGCAUGUCAAACGAUGCUUACCUCGGCGUCGCUUCUUAUACAUCACAACUACCAUACGGUGCUGAAUGGAAGGUACAUUCGAGGAUGUUGCAAAAAAUCCUGAAACCGGAAGCGGUAAAGACCCGCCACAGCUCUCACAUAUACCAAAGCCAUCAGCUUCUCGCAAGUCUAUACAAGGAUCCUAAAAGUUGGGAUGAACACCUACGCCAAACGACCGCAGCCAGCGUUAUCAAACUGACAUAUGGCUACGAGAUUAAAGCAGAAGCUGAUCCCUUCUGUCAACCAAUGAUCGAAUUUAUAGACCUGCUGAGAAUUUCUAUGAACCCUUUUCGAGCUGUGAUUUUCUCGGCAUUCCCGCUACUCCAAAAGGUCCCUCUUUGGGUUCCGGGAACGUACUGGCAGAGAGAUGCUCAGCAAACCAGACAGCUCGCAUAUCGUAAUCGGGACCAGCCCUUUGACUGGGUGCUGAACCAGAUUGUGCGUACCACACCACCUAGCUCAUUGGUGUCAGAGCUACUUCAUGAAGAAGAUAGCGGAAUCGAUGACGAGGGCCGUUUAUACGCUAUCAAAAAUGCUGCUGGAUCGAUGUUUACAGCGGGUUUCGAAACGACAUAUACCACCUUAUUGGCGUUUUUCCUGACAAUGGCCAUUCACCCAGAAGUUCAGAUUCGGGCACAAUCGGAAAUGGACGUGCGCCUCGGCAAGGGAGUUUUACCCUCAUUUGAAGACAGGGACAAAUUACCCUAUGUUGAUGCGAUUUUACGGGAGAUAAUGAGAAUGUAUGUAAUGUUGCCCUUAGCGUUGCCGCAUGCAACUACCAGUGACGACAUCUACGAGGGAUACUUUAUCCCCAAAGGUAAGUUGAUGUUACGCGAAGACCCCAGGUGGACAAAUCCAGAGGUGUUUGACCCGUCUCGGCACCUCACCACGUCCGGGAAUCUCGUCUCAAAAGUAGGUACGGAGAUCUCGGGAAGUCCAGCGUUUGGAUUCGGGCGACGUAAGUGUCCUGGGAGAUUUGUUGCAGAAAACACUUUAUGGGCAGCCGUUGCUUCAGCCCUUGCAGCGUUCAAAAUCUUCCCUGCUGACGAAGGGAGGAAGCGUGGAGGGGUGGAGUUUAGAGAAGGCGUCGCGCGUGUACCUAUCUCAUUCCCUUGCGUUUUCGAGCCUAGAGAAGGUUACCGUAGUGUGUUGGCGGACUUGUAA